AUGGCGUCCCGCGUGCGCGGUACUCCCGCCCCUCGUCUGAGAUGCUUGAAGUGUAAAGCCACAUUCGCCGAUCAGCGUGGCCUAUACCUUCAUCAGCAGGAAAAGGGACACCUAGCUUGUGGUUUUUGCAAACAGUCUUUCCACGAUAUCAAGGCCCUGAUCCAACAUCGGGUAGAAGACCAUAAAGCGGAACAAGACCUUCCCUGUCCCGGUUGUGGUACGAAGUUUGUCUCUGCAGGAACAUGGAUGUGCCAUGUCGAAAGGGGCGAGUGCCAUGCAAUCUUUCCUUCAGAUAUAUCUGGAAAUAUUGUCCAAGCCGUAGAGUCCAUUUCGAAGGCUUUAGGCGAAUCCAGAUUCGAGGAUGUAGACUACACCGUCAAUUCGGGCAGAUCGUAUACUGAGAUCGGUGACGUCUGGGGAGACGAAUGGAACAAGGAGCAGAGCCUUGAUGCGCGAGACCACCCCGAGCGAUUUCCGAGAACUGCACAGCAGGAGUUCUACCAAGGCGGCUCGAAGCAGACUGACCUGCUGACGGGAGAUGGAGCCAAUCUUGAACAGCGCCCAUUCAAUGCUUGGGCUCAGAAGAAGAAUCUGUUCCCGGAGAAGGCAGCACAUCGCGCUGUACCACCUCCGCCGUCUCUCCUCGAGAAUAUGACAAGACCGCCCCCCUCAACCCAGCCUACUGGAGAACGUAUCCUUAACCCGGACCACCCGGGCUUCAACGCGGGAUUGUUUUGGAAUCCCUUCUUGAAGACUUUCAAAUGUCCCCACAAGGAUAAAUUUACCUACAAGGAAUGCGGCUCGAAGCACUCUACUGCAUCAGGCUUGAUCACUCAUCUAAAAUCACCGGCACACACCGGUACUCCUUUCCAAUGCCCGGGAUGCACAAUUGUAUUCACAUCCGGUAGUUCAUGGGUUCAGCACGCAGAUAACGUAAACGAAAAGAAGUGCUGCAUUCGAAACACGGGUUUUUAUAGGCAAGCGCUAAACACGGCUACCAACGGUGCCUUGAACAUCGAUGACCUCAUCAAGCUUGCGGAUGAUACGGCGAAGGUGAAGUUUGAUAAUGACUGGGCCGCAUCCAAGAAACGUGGUGAGCCUGGUCAUGUGCCAGGUUCGGAGGCGUGGGUAAAGGAGAAGGAUGCUGAGGCCUCCAAGUCUCAGUCAGAUCCAGAGAAACCUCAGUCCGAUCCAGAGAAAUCUCAGUCCGAUCUAGAGAAAUCUCAGUCAGAUCCAGAGAAGUCUCAGCCAGGCCCGGAGAAGUCCCAAUCAGACUUGGAGAAGUCUGAAUCAGACGCAGGAAAGAAAAUUACCCACGAGGAGUACACAUGGUAG